CUUGCCAGUGCAUAACGCAAUAUCCAUCACCUCACAGGACGAAACUUGGGUAAACAAAGGAAGAUGGGAUUCGUCACCAAGUUCAGCCUUUACCUUCUUGGAAUUCUGGUCUCCAGUUCUUUCCCAGGAGCCAAGACCAGCUCAUGUCCCAGGGACUGGAUGCAAAACCAGGGCAACUGCUAUGCUUAUUUUGAUUUUAAGAUGUCAUGGGAAGAUGCUGAGAUUGAGUGCCAGAGCUAUGGCCGUGGAACCCACCUUGCCUCUAUCCUCACUGAGAAAGAGGCAGCCUUGGUAGCCAAGCACAUCGCCACAUACCAGAAAAAUCCAAGUAAUGUCUGGAUUGGGCUCCAAGAUCCCCGUCAGAAUGGGCGUUGGAGAUGGGCUGACGAAUCAACCUUCAAUUACCGAAGCUGGAACACAGGGGAACCAAACAACGUGGGUGGCGUGGAGUAUUGUGUGGAGUUGCUGCAUGUCUCUGAUUUACGGAAGUGGAAUGAUAGAAUCUGUGAUCAAAUGAAUACCUUCAUUUGCAAGCAAGAGCUGUAAAGCAGUCCUGCAGUUCCCAACAGUGCCAGCUGGGAGCUUCGACUGAAGUCAGAUGCCUCUGGUAUUAUUUUCUCCUCUGACAUCCCUCAAAGUGAAAGACCAGCUGUCACCAAUGACUCUAAAAU